GCCGGAAAGAACGCUGCUGGCAGAUCGCAUUGAUAGGGGUUUCGAGCCUUGUGGCACCCACCAAGGCAAUACAUGAACGGCCCCAACUGUUAGAUUCUUUUUUUUUCUCAGAUCAACGCCGAUUACGAGGACUGCUAUUAUAUCCGUUUAAAAUACGCUUUGCCCUUUAUCUACUAUCAUAAAGCUCUCCCUUUCCUCUUACAUUCGUAGUUGCUUAUUACAAUAUGCUUACUGAAUCAAAUCAUAGCUCGGGCAAUGCAUCUAAGUUUCAAACCGAAGUUGAACCUGGUCGCGUUUUGACCAUGCCAACCGAUGGCACUGGUGUGGCCGUUCUGGAUCCUUGGUUGGAGCCUUUUACUGGUGCUCUCAGACACCGAUAUGCCUUGUUUCAAAAAUACAAGAAGAUGAUCAAUGAAUCUGGCGGUGGCUACGAGAACUUCACCAAAGGAUACGACUACUUUGGCUUCCAUGUGCAGAAGGAUAACAGCGUGCUUUAUAGAGAGUGGGCGCCAAAUGCAACAGGCGCUAGCCUUAUUGGAGAGUUCAAUAACUGGGACCAUGGAGCGAACGUCAUGAAGAAAGAUGACUAUGGGUCUUUCUCCGUUGUUGUGCCGCCAAAGUCCGAUGGAAGUGUUGCUAUUCCCCACAAUAGCAAGGUCAAAAUAUCACUUGUCAUGCCAAACUCUGGCGAGAGGGCAGAUAGGUUACCUGCUUGGUCAAAGAGGGUUGUUCAAGAUUUGAACGUCAAUCCCAAUUAUGAAGCGGUGUUCUGGAAUCCUGGCAAGCAAUACGUGUUCAAAAACAAGCAGCCACCCAAGCCAAAAAGUAUCCGGGUUUAUGAAGCUCAUGUCGGCAUCUCAACCUCCGAGUACAGAGUUGGAACAUACAAGGAGUUUACCCAAAAUAUUUUACCUCGUAUCGCCAACCUUGGCUAUAAUACCAUCCAGUUGAUGGCCAUUAUGGAGCAUGCUUACUAUGCAUCUUUCGGUUAUCAAGUGACAUCUUUCUUUGCUUCAUCAUCUCGAUACGGCGACCCUGAAGACCUUAAGGAGCUCAUAGACACUGCACACGGCCUUGGCAUCACCGUACUUUUGGACGUCGUGCAUUCACACGCAUCAAAGAAUGUUCAUGAUGGACUCAAUAUGUUUGACGGAACAGAUCAUAUGUAUUUCCAUGGUGGUGGUAAAGGAAACCACGACUUGUGGGAUUCUCGUUUGUUCAAUUAUGGAGCAUAUGAACCUCUACGCUUCCUACUUUCCAAUCUCCGCUACUGGAUGAAUGAGUUUCAAUUUGAUGGCUUCCGUUUCGAUGGUGUAACCAGUAUCCUUUACAAGCAUCACGGUAUGGGAUAUGGAUUCUCUGGAGACUAUCGCGAGUAUUUCAAUGAAUCAGUCGAUGAAGAAGGUGUCAUGUAUCUCAUGUUAGCAAACGAUAUGCUUCAUCAACUGUACCCCAACGUUAUUACCAUUGCUGAAGAUGUAUCCGGAAUGCCUGCGUUAUGUCGCCCUGUUCCAGAAGGCGGUGUAGGCUUUGAUUACAGACUGGCCAUGGCAGUUCCAGAUAUGUGGAUCAAGAUGUUGAAGGAACAAUCAGAUGACGAAUGGAAAAUGGGCGAAGUUAUUCACACCUUGACAAACCGUCGCCAUUUGGAAAAAAACAUUGUGUAUGCUGAGUCGCACGACCAGGCUUUAGUCGGAGAUAAGACACUUGCUUUCUGGCUCAUGGAUAAGGAAAUGUACGACUUUAUGAGCAAAUUGUCACCAAACACCCCAAUAAUAGACAGAGGUAUCGCUUUACACAAGAUGAUCAGAUUAAUUACUCACAGUCUUGGUGGAGAAGGCUAUCUUAAUUUUGAGGGCAAUGAGUUUGGACAUCCUGAGUGGCUGGAUUUCCCUCGCCCUGGUAACAACUCAAGCUUCCAUCACGCUCGUCGCCAAUGGAAUGUCGUUGAUGACCCCUUGCUCAGAUACAAGUACUUGAACGAGUGGGACCGGGCUAUGCAACUGGCUGAAGCAGCAUAUGGUUGGCUCUCAUCUCACCAGGCGUAUGUUUCAUUGAAACAUGAAGGUGAUAAAGUCGUAUCUUACGAGCGUGCCGGUCUAGUCUUCAUUUUCAAUUUCCAUCCAACGCAGUCGUUCACUGAUUACCGCAUUGGUGUGGAAACACCAGGAGAGUACAAGUUGGUACUAGAUAGUGACUCGUCUAUCUUUAUGGGACAUAACCGAAUCGAUGAAAAUGGAAGCUGGUUCACUACUCCUGAACCUUGGAACAACCGAUCCAACUACAUUCAUGUGUAUAUUCCUUGCCGCACAGCUAUUGUUCUGACCACCAAGCAAAACUUGAAAUGGUCCCAGAAAGACAUGGUGGUCAGCUACAAAGAUUAAAUACAAAUCCUCCAAUAUGCAUCAUAGCACACCGCACUGAACUUCGUAAAUGAUUAUUAUUCAUCAUCAAAAUAAAGGGUAUAGAAGCCAAAAUGAAAAGG